GGAGGGGGCUGCUCCAAGUGCCCGCCUCACAGCUACUCGGCCAGAGAGGGGGGCACGGUCUGCGAAUGCCACUCCGGAUAUUUCCGUGCCGACGCCGACCCCGUUUCAAUGGCCUGCACACAGGCCCCCUCGGCCCCGCAGCAGCCCAUCUCUGCAGUGAACGAGACGUCGGUGGUUUUGGAGUGGAGCCCCCCGCGCCGGCUGGGGGGCCGGUCCGACACCAGCUACAGCCUGGACUGCCUCAUCUGUCCGGGGGAAAGUCAUUCCGGCGGCCGGGUUCAAUCCGGAGAGAAGACCCCGCGGGGGAACCGUACCCUGUCUGAGGCCGAGGCCAAGCCUGGGGGGCCGGGGAUGCAGUCCGACCAGGGCUUCGUCGGCUCCGGGGUCCAGUUUGGGAGGGGCGUGGUCCAGAGCUGGCCGGCGCCCGGGGAUUUUCCAGCGCUCGGUUCUGAGUCCAUCUCUGACCAUCGACUCUGCAAGCCGUGUGGGCCGGACGUGCUCUUCUCCCCCGGCCGGACGGCCCUGAAGACCACCAGGGUGGUGGUGAGCGAGCUGAGGGCCCACACCUGCUACACCUUCAUCAUCCACGCACACAACGGGGUCUCCCAGGCCAGCGGUGCAGGGGCAGGACAGAGCGUGUCUGUCACCGUCACCACCAACCAGGCCGCUCCGUCUCCAGUCACAUCCAUCCAAGCUAGCGAUGUCACCAGGCACAGCUUGUCGUUGUCAUGGCGACAACCAGAUCGGCCCAACGGGGUCAUCCUGGAGUACGAGGUCAAGUUCUACGAGAAGGAUCAGAAAGAGAGGUCCUAUCGCAUAAUGAGGACGCCAUCUCAGAACGCUGAUGUCACCGGGCUCAACGCCCUCACCGUCUACGUCUUCCACGUCCGCGCCCGCACGGCCGCCGGGUACGGAGACUUCAGCGCCCCGGUGGAAUUCUCCACCAACUCAGAUCCGUUCCCUCUGAUUGGAGAGGGAGUCAACUCCGCCCUCAUGUUGUUGUCUGUCAGCGGUGUUGGAAUUCUGCUGCUGAUUUCAACUGCUGUCUUUAUCAUUACCCGCAGGAGGAGGAAGUACGGGACAACCAAGCAGGACUCAGAGGAAGAGAAGCAUCUCAACCCCGGAGUUAAAAUCUAUGUGGACCCGUUCACUUAUGAAGAUCCCGACCAGGCCAUCCACGAGUUUGCCAAAGAGAUUGACAUCAGUCACAUUCACAUUGAGAGGGUCAUUGGCAUGGGUGAGUUUGGGGAAGUGUGCAGCGGUCGGCUCCAUGCCCAGGGAAAGAGGGAGAUCUACGUGGCCAUCAAGAGCUUGAAGACGGGCUACUCCGACAAACAGAGGAGGGACUUCCUGUCCGAGGCGUCCAUCAUGGGACAGUUUGAGCACCCUAACAUCAUCAGGCUGGAGGGCGUGGUCACCAGAUGCAAGCCGCUGAUGAUCAUCACAGAAUACAUGGAAAACGGCUCCCUGGACACCUUCCUCAGGAAGCAUGACGGCCAGUUCACGGUGAUCCAGCUGGUGGGCAUGCUGCGUGGCAUCGCCUCUGGUAUGAAGUACCUGUCAGACAUGAGCUACGUGCACCGAGACCUGGCCGCUCGAAACAUCCUGGUCAACAGCAACCUGGUGUGCAAGGUGUCCGACUUCGGCCUGAGUCGAGUUCUGGAGGAUGACCCCGAGGCCGCCUACACCACACGGGAGGCACCUGGGACAUACCACUCUCCGGGGGGGAAGAUUCCAAUUAGAUGGACUGCUCCAGAGGCCAUCGCUUACAGGAAGUUCACCUCGGCCAGCGAUGUGUGGAGUUACGGCAUCGUCAUGUGGGAGGUGGUUUCUUACGGCGAGAGACCCUACUGGGACAUGAACAACCAAGACGUGAUCAAAGCAAUAGACGAGGGCUACCGUCUGCCCGCCCCGAUGGACUGUCCCGUGGUGCUGCACCAGCUCAUGCUGGACUGCUGGGAGAGAGAGCGAUCGGAGAGACCCACUUUCAGCCAGAUCCUCAACAUGCUGGAUAAACUUAUCCGCAAUCCGGGGACGCUACGUCGAACAGGAGCGGACAGACCCAACGCCACCGUGUUGGAGCCCGGGGUUGGUCCAGAGGUGUGUGUGUCGGUGGUACCGGAGGCGUGCGUGACGGAGUGGUCGGUAUGUGAAUGGCUGCAGGCCAUGGGGAUGGAGCGGUAUAGAGACACGCUGGCAGCAGCUGGAUACACCAGCCUCGACAGCCUCCUGGCCCUCACCCACCAGGAGAUGGACAGGAUUGGGAUCAUCACACUGUCACACCAGGACAUAAUUCUUGCCAGUUUGCAGCAUGAAAUGCUUUCCCAAAUGCAACACUUAGAGGACAGGAUGGUUCCGGUCUGAGCCGGGAGAUCAGUACAACCGUGUUUUCCGAGGAAUUUUAUUUACCUCAUCCAUGCACUUUAGAGGGACCUUUCAACCGUGGAAACACAAUUUACAUAGAGGAAACAGAGAAAGUGAGGAAAGCAGCACUUUUGUGAACUUCCGUCCUGUGGACACAAGACAGCAUAAGCUACUAAAGGCUUGGGCUGAACCCUCAUCCUUUUAUUGCUUCAGUUUUUCAUUCGUCAUUAUUAUUUGUCCUUUGAAGGGUGGUGUGUAAGGCUGUGCACAGCAGAAUGGCUUCAAUCAUCCUCUACUGCUGCUUUCAGCUCAUCAUGAACAAUGAUGCUGUUUGUAUUAGCUUGCCAGCUUGCAUACGUGUGUGUGUGAGUGUGUGUGCAUGAGCAUGAGUGUGUAAGUGUGUGGGCAUGAGUGUGUGUGUGUGUGUGUGGAGGAGUGUGAGUGUGUGUUUGUGCACGAGUGUGUGUGCAUGAGUGUGUGUGUAUGAAUGUGUGCAUGAGUGCGCAUGAGUGUGUGUGUGUGCAUGUGUGUGUGUGCGUGUGUGUGAGAAUGUGUGUGUGUGAGAAUGUGUGUGUGUGUGUACACGUGUUUUAAUGCAUGUAUAUGAAGUGUGCAUUGUGUACAUGCACACAGAGCUCCUAGAGAGUGUGAGCGGAGCCGAACAGAAUGUAUCAUUCCGAGCUCUUAAGGUUUCGUUUGGGAAGAACAGUAACGAGCUCUUACAGGUUUCAUCUGGGAAGAACACUAACGAGCUGUACCGCUUCAUGUUCAAGUUGUGUAAAUUGUUACUUUUUUUUCUAAUUGUUGAAUUAGACAUUUAGAUUAGCUCGUCGUCUGUGUGUGUCCACCGUAUGUGUGUCUGUAAAGAAUUAGCUACGUGAAGCAUUUCAUUUCAAUUAUUUAUGCCCCUUUUUUAUCCUUUAGUUUGUAAAUUGUAAAAUAGAAACACGGAGGAGAGAGCGUGAU